AUGAAGCUCUUAGCGCUUGCUUUCUGCGUUUGCCUUGCCCAGGUGUCUUUCACGUCCAAGGAGUAUGAUCUUGGUUUGUCCUUUCACCUUCGCCACCACUCUUCACGUUUACGAGACCAAUUUUCAUUUACAGCGGCACUUCGAGCUCAGAAAGUCCCACCAGAAGCGCAGACGCUGACUGGUGAGCGGCUUGUCAAAUACCUCAAGGAAAAUCAAAAACUAUUUGAGGUUGCAACAAAACCGACAAUCCGUAACUUGAAGAGUAGGGUCAUGGAUCCGAAAUAUAGCGAUCAGGGCCCGGCCACUAUUGUUAUGCACGAGGACGACAUCAAUGACGACAUUCCAGAAAGGUCAGUCAAAAUGUUAAUAGGUUGUAUUACGCUGCGUGCUUUGACGGCAAAAUCUGCUACGAAGUAUUAA